AUUCAGCCCCAUUUCCGUCAUUUCACCCUCCCAUUUUAGGGUUUAUACCCGGUUCAACCGGAGAAACCAUGUCGGUUCCAAUUAUACUUUCCCUUUGUCGGCCCUUUUUAUCUUUAUAAUUUAUUUUCUCUCCUCCGCCACCUUAUUCUCUUUACGCCUCCCUCCUCUUCCUAUCCCUUUCAUUUUUUUUUUUCUUUCUUUUGAAAAAAUCGCGAAAUUGUGCUUCAUGAUCAGAAGACAACCUCGAAUAAUUCGAAUUCGUGCUGGGAUUUUUGUUCGUUGCUUCUUCAUCUGUGCAUUUUGAGUGAAGUUCAUUAAAUCUUUGCAACAGAGCAGCAUGGAAUUACACAGAAAGGAAGUAGAAGAAUCGGUGCCUCCUGAAACGAUCGGGGCAAAGUUUUGUGCUGAUUGCAGGACUACAAAGACACCCUUAUGGAGAGGUGGUCCAUCGGGGCCUAAGUCACUCUGUAAUGCUUGUGGGAUCAGACACCGAAAGAGAAGGGCCGCCAAUGGAACGGUAAAAUCCACUACAUCAUCGUCAUCAACAUCAACAGAGACAUCCACCGGUGUGGGCUUGAAGAAAGAGGAAGGAGAGAUGGUGAAGAAGGAAGGAGAAAAUACUAGCAGCAAAAGCAAGAAAAGGGCUAAAGUUAAGAAUGGGAAUAAGUAUGAUAAGCUAAGUGUGGAGUGGAGGCAGAGAUUGAUGGCUUUUGGUGAAGGGGUCGUUCUGUUUCAGAAGCAGAGAUCUCAAUUGAAAAAGAAGCAAAGAAUUGAUGGUGAAAAGGGUUGGGGAGAAGUUGAGGAGGCUGCUGUGCUUUUGAUGUCUUUGUCUUAUGGAUCUGUUUUUGCUUGAUUUGGAUGGAUCAAAAGGAGAGGCAAGGGAUUCAAAUUUUCCUCAAAAAAAAAUCAGACCACAAAUUCUCUACAUUCUGACCACCAAUAGAGUAAUUAACCUUUGGUUUCUUUUGUUUAGCCCUUUCUGGUUUAGCUUGUAGGCUUUUCUUUUUUGGGUUCAUGAUUAAGGAUGAUGAUGUUAUUAGGAGUUUGAUUUAGGAUAGGAUGGUGGUUGUGGACAGUGUGGUCCAAGUAGUAGUCUACAAAGCCAAGACUUUUGAUAAACCUGUCUUGGUUAAUUUUGCUAAAUGAUCAUAGUAGUAGUACACUGAAAGUAGCACAAAUGAUUAGUGAGUAGUACAAGUGAGAAAUGUACAUAUGUUAUUUUAGGGAUUUGUGUUACGUUCUUCCCCGUUUAGUUUUAGUACCCUAUUUUCUCUGGAUUCUAGUAUGAUUUUGAUGGACAUUUGCUUUGUAUCAUCGAUGAUCCACCCUGGAAUGAACCAUGGAUCACACCCUAGAAUGAACCAUGGACCACGGGAAAUGAAGUUCGCAUUUUUCCACAUCUAUUUAUCAAAUAAAACAGAUUGCUC